AUGUCAUCUGGCCAAAAUUCAAUAGCUAAUUCCACCCAAGCCACAAGGGGAAAAUCUGAUAUUGCAUGGGCACAUGUUAUCAAGGGACGAGAUGUCAAUGGAAAGAAGACUUACUCAUGUAUGUAUUGUGGGAAAACUAUUAAAGGUGGAGAGAUUAAUAGAAUGACGCAACAUCUUGCAAAGAAAUCAAGUGAGGUUGGGCCAUGUAAAAAAGUUCCCCCAGAUAUUCAGUAUCAAAUGCAUGAGUCUUUCAAAGCAUUUGAUGAAAAGAAGAAGCAAAGUCCAGAAAAUUAUGAUGAAUUAAAUCCUUAUGGUCUAGGUGGUUUUCAAUUUGAGGGUGAUGAUGUUUACGUUAAUGUUGAUGAUGAGGCUGAUGAGGUUGUGGAAACUAUUCCUCGGAACAACAAGGGCAUUUCAAUCAAUGAAGGAGCUGGAAGUGGAAAUAAGAGUAGAGCACCAAUGACACAUAAAGGGAAGGGAAAGAAACAUGAACCAACAAAAAUCGGUGAUUAUUUUGCACCAAGGACCACUCCGGGUUCACAACCAACUAUCAAAAGUGUCCUCCAAACUAAAGAAGCCAUACAUAGAGCACAUAUGAUUGUUGGCAAAUUCUUUUAUGAUACUUGUAUUCCAAUCAAUGCUGUGAACUCCAUUUAUUUUCAGCCCAUGUUUGAUGCCACAAUUGCUAUUGGUCCAGGAUAUAAGAUCCCUACUUACCAUCAACUUCGAGUUCCUUUAUUGAGAGACUCAGAAAAAGAGCUUCAAUUGUAUAUUGACACUUUGAAGAGUUCGUGGGCUACGUGUGGAUGUACUAUUAUGGGUGAUGGUUGGAUUGAUGAGGUUAUUGAGUGGGUAAGAGUGUCGAAUGUUGUUCAUAUGGUGACAGAUAAUGGAGCAAAUUAUAAAGCUGUUAGAGGACUUGUAAAUGCAACUUACAAAUCUAUAAAUUGGUCUCCAUGUUCAGCUCAUUGCUUGAACUUAAUCUUAAGUGAAAUUUCCAAGAUGAAUCAUGUGCAUGAGCUUGCUAUUAAGGCAUCAAAGGUGACAAGGUACAUAUACAACCGUUCAUGGUUGUUAGCUCGGUUGAGAAAGAAGAAGAGUUGGACUGAAAUUGUGCGCCCAGGAGCAACGCGCUUUGCCACUACUUUCCUUGCAUUGCAUAGCAUUUAUGAGCAUAUGCAUGAUUUGCAAGCUUUGGUGACAAGUAAGGAGUUUGCAAGUUCAAGGUUUGCCAAAGAGAAGAAAGGAAAGGAUGCCAUUGAUAUCAUUUUAGAUAAACAAUUUUGGAAGGAUUGCUUCAUCAUUGUUAAGAUUGUUGAGCCACUUAUGCGUCUCUUGCGUAUUGUUGAUGGAGAUGAAAAACCGUCCAUGGGAUAUGUUUAUGAAGGCAUGUAUAGGGCAAUCAAAGCUUCAAUUUGCAAAAAGUCAGAGGUUAUGAAUAGUGUACUUGAUGUGAUUGAAACUAAAGCCACAUCAAGUAAAACAAAGCUCAUGAAUGAACUUAGAUUGUUUCGAGAUCGACAAGACAGUUUUGGAAGAGAGCUUGCCAUUAUUACAUCAAAGAAAACACAACCUGAUGAAUGGUGGAAGAUGUUUGGACACAGUGCUCCAAAUUUGCAAAAGUUAGCCAUUCGAAUUCUUAGUCAAACUAGCAGCUCUUCUGGGUGUGAAAGGAAUUGGAGCGUCUUUGAACACAUACAUACAAAGAAGAGGAAUAGACUAGAACAUCAUAGGCUUAAUGAUCUUGUGUAUGUUCAUUACAACUUGCGAUUAAAGAAUAGGAGGUAUUACAAAACAAGGAAUUAUGAUCCCAUUGACAUUGAAAGCAUUGACAAAACCGAGUUUUGGAUUAUUGAAGAAGAAAGACUAGAACAAGAGGAGCCUCCAUUGCUUGAUUAUCCUCUAAAGCUAAGAAAGUUUGGAAUGUGGUGGACUGAUGACGUUUUACCAGAUCGCUAUGGUCUUGUUAUGACUUUAGGGGCUUACAGUAGUGGACUGUUGGAUUUUGUCCCCUGCAAGUGUGGUAUGGACACUUAUUUUCCGGAGACCUUUGCGGGACUGUGGGAUGGAGUUGGUGGAGGUGUUUUUUUGGGAUGCUACAAGAGAGCCUGGUUCAGAGAGAUUUGGGGUAUGGUGUACGAUGCUUUUGGAGUUAUAUGGGUGAGGCCUAGUUCAGUUGGGAACAAUUUGCUUCUUGAAGUAGGGGUUAUCAUUGUACUGAUAGGAAGGUUCAAGAGGCUUCUCCAUUAUAUGCCUAAUGUGGUGUUUGUGGAGAGAGAGAAAUAG